AUCCAUUCCCUGUUAUAAUUAAUAAUGAUAAUUUCUGUCGCUUCUCUACUCCCCAACCAGAUCCCGAAAUUUUUACAUUCCCAUGAACAUGCGAUCCCUAAUCUCAGAUGGCGUCAGCUAGCCCGAUCACAAUCCAGAAGAAGAACAAGAAGCAGAGGAACAGGUGCUACGCAAUUGCCAUUUUGUUUUCCAUUUGCACGGUCUUGUUAAUUCUCUUGAUCCGAGCCACUGUUAACCCUACUGUCAGAGAUCUUUACUUGUUAAACUCUCGAUCCACCUACCCUGCUUUGUUUUCUCCUCCUCCUCCUACACCAGCGCCCAAUUCCAGCUUUAUUAACAAUCCAAGCGACCUCCACGACUCUGGCUUUGAAGCGUCUUCGUUGCCGUCGCCAUCGCCGGCGUACAUCGGCAUAGUGCCGCCGAAUUCAGAUUCUGCAUCUGCAUCUGAACCGACAGGGCUUGAGAAUGGAGCCGGUGGCGAACAAAUUGAUACUUCUGUGGGAAUGUGGUGUGAGAAGUGGGCGAGAGGGUCUGCUUCCAGUUGUGAUAUGUACGUGGGAAGUUGGGUGAAAGAUGAAAGAGGGGAAUAUCCGGUUUAUAGGCCAGGGUCUUGCCCUUAUGUGGACGAGGCUUUUGAUUGCCAGACCAAUGGAAGGCCAGAUUCUGAUUACCUCAAAUGGCAUUGGAAGCCCCAGGGAGAUGGUUGUGACCUUCCCAGGUUCAAUGCCACAGACUUUUUGGUGAGAUUGAGAGGGAAAAGGCUGAUGCUGGUUGGAGAUUCCAUGAACCGGAACCAGUUUGAAUCUCUACUUUGUCUUCUUCGUGAAGGCCUACCUGAUAAGAGCAGAAUGUUUGAAGUCCAUGGCUACAAAAUAACCAAGGGAAGAGGCUACUAUAUCUUCAAAAUUGAGGAUUAUAACUGCACAGUCGAAUUCGUAAGAUCACAUUUCCUUGUCAAGGAAGGAAUUCGGAUUAAUGCACAGGGAAACUCAAAUCCAACUCUUUCCAUAGACAGAAUUGAUAAGUCAGCUGCACGAUGGAAGCGGGCUGACAUUCUAGUUUUUAAUACUGGGCACUGGUGGACGCAUGGAAAGACGGCAAGAGGGAAAAAUUACUACAAAGAAGGUGAUUAUAUACAUCCUAAGUUUGACGCAGUGGAAGCAUAUAGGAAGGCACUGAAGACCUGGGCAAAGUGGAUUGAUGAGAAUGUGAAUCCUGCAAAGAAGUUGAUAUUCUAUCGUGGGUAUUCAUCUGCCCAUUUCAGAGGAGGAGAUUGGGAUUCGGGUGGGACAUGUAAUGGUGAGACUCAACCUAUCUUGAGGGGGGCAUUCCUCAAUGAGUACCCCUUGAAAAUGAAGAUAGUCGAGGAGGUGAUUCGAGAAAUGCAAGUUCCAGUGGUACUAUUGAAUGUCACAAAGCUGACCAAUUUCCGCAAGGAUGGCCACCCCUCCGUAUAUGGCAAGAUGAGGAAUUCGAGCAUUGCCGAUGGGAUUAAGAUUUCUACGAGGCGCCAAGAUUGCAGCCAUUGGUGUCUUCCCGGGGUUCCUGAUGCCUGGAAUGAGCUCAUUUAUGCCACUUUGGUAUUUCAACAAACUUGUUCCUCUCAUUUGUAGUAAUGGAGCAAGCACAAUUAAGCAUACCCAUAUGGUCAAGCAGAUUGGAUGGAUCAGCAGAGCUUUCAGCAUCUUGUUUUGGGCAAAAUGUACUUGCUCCUCUUCAUUCAUACUCACAUUGGGCCACUGCUGUGGGAGAAGGCACUGGGAACCCUUUGGAUUUGGAUCAAGUUUGAGAAUUGAGAACCACUUGCUGCUUUAGGCUAUGUUUGGAACAAGCUUUAUAUUCAAAUUCUAUAAAAAAAAAAAAAAAAAAUGUUCACAUUAAAUUUGCUACAAGUAGAUUAUGGCACGAGUUGAGGAAAUUAUUGUUAUUAUCCUCACAUAGUGGGAUAAAGACUUUGGUACGUUGUUGUAUUAUAUUAAUUAAUUAUUAAUAUGAUUAGGUAUUCAUUUAA